AUGAGGAGCCUCCUGCUUGCCCUGGCCCUCGUGUGUGGCAUCCAGGCCAUCGUCAUCCCCCGGACCAUGGAGGACCUGGACCUCCAGAAGGUGGCUGGGACGUGGCACUCCACGGCCAUGGCGGCCAGUGACAUCUCCCUGCUGGAUGCUGAGACCGCCCCUCUGAGAGUGUACAUCCAGGAGCUGAGGCCCACUCCCCAGGACAACCUGGAGAUUGUUCUGCGCAAAUGGGAGGACGGCAGGUGUGCUGAGCAGAAGGUCCUGGCAGAAAAAACCGAGGUCCCUGCUGAGUUCAAGAUCAACUAUGUGGAGGAGAACCAGAUCUUCCUGCUCGACACGGACUAUGACAACUACCUGUUCUUCUGCAUGGAGAACACGGACGCCCCCCAGCAGAGCCUCAUGUGCCAGUGCCUGGCCAGGACCCUGGAGGUUGACAACGAGGUCAUGGAGAAAUUCAACAGAGCCCUCAAGACUCUGCCCGUGCACAUGCAGCUCUUGAACCCCACCCAGGCGGAAGAGCAGUGCCUCAUCUAG